AUGACCACGCAGAACGAGGAAAAAGAGCAUUUGCAUGUGGGGAUCAUCGGUAUGGGAGAUAUGGGCCGUCUGUAUGCCACGCGACUGCGCGCGGCUGGAUGGGUUCACGUCAACGUGUGUGAUCGACCAGAGAAGUAUGAAUCGCUACGGGAUGAAUUGCAGGGUACCGGUCUAACUGUGUUGCGUGAUGGCCAUCACGUAUCGCGACGGAGUGACUUUCUCAUGUACUCGGUGGAAGCAGGAAACAUCCACAAGGUGGUGGCUGAAUACGGGCCAUCGACGAAAGUAGGUGCUGUGGUCUCUGGCCAAACCAGUGUAAAGGCGCCAGAACGAGUUGCGUUCGAGACCUUCUUGCCGGAGGAUGUAUACAUCGUAUCUUGUCAUUCGCUGCAUGGCCCGCAUGUUGAUCCACGCGGGCAGCCGCUCAUUUUGAUUCAGCACCGCGCACCCGCUGACAAGCUCCAUCUGGUCGAGCGCAUCUUGGCAUGCCUCGAGUCCCGCUAUGUGUAUAUGAGCUAUGAGGAGCAUGACACCGUGACGGCGAACACACAAGCAGUCACACACGCAGCAUUCCUGACAAUGGGUACUGCCUGGGCGCAGCUCCAAGCAUAUCCAUGGGUGACAGGCAAGAAUCCAGGUGGCAUGGAAACAGUGAAAAUCUACCUGUGUCUGCGCAUCUAUGGCGCAAAGUGGCAUGUAUAUGCGGGCCUCGCACUACUGAAUCCAGAGGCGAGCGUACAAGUGACGCAGUACGCAGCGAGUGCGACAGCUCUAUUCCAGCUUAUGCUCGAGGGCAAAUAUGAUGCGCUCGUGCAGCGCGUACUGAGUGCUCGGCGCAGUGUAUUUGGCUGGCAAGACACGGAAGUGGGCACGAACCUGCCUGGUCGCUCGCGGAUUCUUGUAAGCGAUGAGAUGUUGGACGAGUUUUAUGUGAUUGCAGAGCGGGUCAACAAAGGCGAGAAGAGCGCUGCGGAGGCUGAGCGGACUGUGCGUGAAGAAGCGCCACCAGCGAAUUCGCAUCUGUCGCUUCUUGCGAUCGUCGACUGUUGGCACGUUCUGGGCAUCGAUCCGUACCGGCAUCUGGAGCUCGCUGCCACACCUGUAUUCCGCAUGUGGAUCGGUGUGACACAGAACUUGUUCCGCUCGCCAGAUCGAGUCCUGGCAGCUUGCCGAGCGGCCGUUCACGAUGUGCACUUCCGCGCCGAUGACCUGGAGUUUGUCAUUGCCGCUCGCGGGUGGGCACAGGCGGUGCAAUUUGGGGACUUUGAUGCGUAUCAACGGCGUUUUGAAACGACUCGUGCAUUUUUCAUGCCUCGCCUUUCGGAGGCCAACAAAGUAGGAGUUAACAUGCUCUCAGUCUUAUCGUCACAGUCAUGCUCGUAA